UUGAAAGGGUUUUAGGCUAACCCUUAAUUGAUUCAAUCAUACCCAAAUUAUCUCUCUCCUCUUUUUGCCUCCUUUGUUUCGCCAUGAACUCUUGACAAAAUCCCACCUCUUCAAAACCCUCCAAAAACCCUCCACCUCAAAAUUUAUUCACCUUCAAAUUUCUUCAAUUUGUGAAAAUAAAUUUGACCCCUUUUAUAAAUUAUCAGCUACAAAACGGUGGGUUGUACUAUUAGCAAAAGCCAUAAGCUUUGCAGAGCUUCUGAAGCUUUAGCUAUGGCGGUUUCUUCCCCUUUUAGGGCUGCUUAUUCUCCUCCUCUUUUCUGGGUUUGCCCUCAUUCUCUUUCUUCUUCCUCUUCUAUGGCGGCUUCUCUUCGUCCUCGCUUUUUCUGCUCUAAAGCUGCUCAUAAAUGGAAGGAGUUUCAUCGUCUUCAGAGUCAAUAUGGGAUUUCACGUGAUGAUGAAUUGUUCAAAGUUGUGCAGCUACGACAGCCUGAACCAAUGUUUUCUACAGGGCAACAUGCUAAUUCAACCAGAUAUAAUGGGACGUUUGUGAGGCAAUGGAGAUCUGGAGAGUCUGCCCAACCAAGAGUGUCGAGACACACUGACAAAACUGUUUGGGCUCAAGAGACUUUUAAGGUGAAGAAGAGUAAAAUGGGCUUUAGGCAUGGUGUGAUGGAACUAGAAUUAUUACCAUCCAAGGAAGCCACAGAAAAUCGCGGUCAUAACUCAACAAGUGAUAACUUGAAUGGGAUUCCUGGGUUUACUGGUAUUACUUCUGCUACAAGCUCCCCACGUUUUGCAACCACAACUGUUGAUAUAGAAGCAGGCUUAGAACAACUUCAGGAGACAUUUGGUGAAACACUGCAUGAAAUGUUGCUAGAAGAGCCCUUUAUGCUAAUGGCUUAUCAUCACGAAAAGAUUCUGCUACAGAGAGCAAAAAAAACUGCCAAGAAGUCUAAAAAGACUUUGUCUGCCAAUGGCGCAUCAUCAGCGAAAGAAUUGGACGAAAGCUCAUUAAAUCAGGGAAUAAACGGUGUACAUGAGAAGUUUUCUGAGCUUGAUAUUCUUGAUGGUGCACAAACGGAUGAUCAACUAAAACUUCAAAUGAGGCUCUGCAGCAUCUUUGACAAAGUUCUUGUAGUUGAUAACGUCACCGUGGCUAGGAAAGUUGUGCAUAAGCUUACACAUGAGUAUAGACAUCACGUACAUGCAUGUGAUACCGAGGUGUCCAAGAUUGACGUGAAGCAGGAGACACCUGUAGAUCAUGGGGAGAUAAUAUGCUUCAGUAUUUAUUCUGGUGAAAAAGCAGAUUAUGGUAAUGGGAAAACUUGCAUAUGGGUAGAUGUGCUAGAUGGUGGCGGCAAUGAUAUUUUAGCUGAAUUUGCUCCAUUCUUUGAAGACUCAUCAAUAAAAAAGGUGUGGCACAAUUACAGCUUUGAUUGCCAUGUUGUAGAAAACUAUGGGAUUAAACCUUCUGGGUUCCAUGCUGAUACAAUGCACAUGGCACGAUUAUGGGAUUCUUCUAGACGAGCAGAUGGUGGUUACUCUCUUGAAGCAUUAACAGGUAAUCCAGAUGUAAUGUCUGAGAGUACUAUGUGCCAAGAAAAAGAUCUGAUGGGAAAAAUUUCAAUGAAAGCCAUAUUUGGCAAGAGAAAGGCAAAGAAAGAUGGAUCCCUGGGUAAAACUGUCUCUCUUCCUUCAGUUGAAGAGCUGCAACGGGAAGAAAGGCUACCAUGGAUAUGCUAUUCUUCUUUAGAUUCCAUUAGUACUUUAAAGCUGUAUGAGAGCUUGAAAUCCAAGUUAUCAAAAAUGCCAUGGAUUAUGGAGGGUAAAUAUAGGGGGAAUAUGCUUAAUUUCUAUGAAAACUAUUGGCAGCCCUUUGGCAGACUUCUCGUGGAAAUGGAAACAGAAGGUAUGCUAGUAGAUCGAGCAUAUCUUUCAGAGGUGGAGAAGGUGGCUAUUGCUCAACAACAAGUUGCUGCUGAUCGUUUUCGGAACUGGACUUCUAAGCAUUGCCCUGAUGCUAGAUAUAUGAAUGUAGGUAGUGAUGCACAAUUGAGAACACUCCUUUUUGGUGGAAUAUGCAACAGGAAGAACCAUAAUGAGUUUCUCCCUACAGAGAAAAAGUUCAAAGUCCCGAAUACUGAAAAUGUAAUUGAAGAUGGAAAGAAGACUCCUAAAAAAUAUCGUGACAUUACAUUGCAUAAAAUUGGUUCUAGUUUACAAACUGACUUUUAUACGGCAAGUGGUUGGCCUUCUGUUAGUGGAGAUGCCUUAAAAGCUAUUGCUGGGAAGGUCUCUGCAGAAUAUGAUUUUUCAAGUGAUGAUGUUGAAGAUCCAUUAAAUGACGAUCUACCAAACUCGGAAAAAAAAGAUGUUGACAUUUCUGCUUAUGGAACUGCUUAUGCUGCUUUUGGAGGAGGGCAGGAAGGAAUGGAGGCCUGCCAUGCUAUUGCCUCUUUGUGUGAAGUUUGCUCCAUUGAUUCGUUAAUAUCCAAUUUCAUUCUGCCUUUGCAGGGAAGUCAUGUGUCAGGGAAGAAUGGCCGCAUCCAUUGCUCCUUAAAUAUAAAUACAGAAACCGGCCGCUUGUCUGCUAGGAGGCCAAAUUUACAGAAUCAACCUGCUUUAGAGAAAGACAGAUAUAAGAUCCGCCAAGCAUUUGUCGCUUCCCCUGGAAACUCCCUUAUUGUUGCAGAUUAUGGGCAGCUGGAACUUAGGAUUCUUGCACACCUUGCUAAUUGUAAGAGUAUGAAGGAAGCAUUUGAAGCUGGUGGAGAUUUCCAUUCAAGAACUGCUAUGAAUAUGUAUCCAUAUAUCCGGGAAGCUGUUCAACGGGAAGAAGUAAUUCUUGAAUGGCAUCCUCAACCUGGAGAAGAAAAGCCUCCUGUUCCUUUACUCAAGGAUGCUUUUGGUUCUGAAAGAAGGAAAGCUAAAAUGCUGAACUUUUCCAUUGCAUAUGGGAAAACUCCCAUGGGUCUUGCUAAAGACUGGAAGGUUUCUGUUAAAGAAGCGAAGGAAACAGUUGAUUUGUGGUAUAAAGAACGCCAGGAGGUUCUGAAAUGGCAAGAAGCACGGAAGAAAGAAGCUGCAAAACGUGGUUGUGUUCACACCCUGCUAGGGAGAGCUCGUCGCUUCCCUUCAAUGGCUCAUGCUUCACCCCCACAAAGGAGUCACAUUGAACGUGCUGCAAUCAACACGCCAGUGCAGGGAAGUGCCGCCGAUGUUGCCAUGUGUGCCAUGCUGGAAAUAGAUACAAAUAAUCGUCUGAAAGAGCUUGGUUGGAAGCUGCUUUUGCAGGUUCAUGAUGAAGUGAUAUUAGAGGGGCCUUCAGAAUCAGCGGAAGAAGCAAAGGCUCUGGUAGUUGAAUGCAUGUCCAAACCUUUUAAUGGUAGAAACCUUCUCACAGUUGAGCUUGCUGUUGACGCCAAGUGUGCUCAAAAUUGGUAUGCAGCCAAAUAAGAGCACUUAUUUUUGGCCAGUUGGUUUAUGGUUCCAAAGAACCCUCAAUAGGACUCACUCGGGCUGCCAGUUAGUUGUUGGCACUUGGUUAAAUUGUAUGAUCUUAUGGGCCAUUUUUGUGUAAUAGUUGGCCCUGGGUUUCCUGCAAGUGCUAGCCAUGGCAUGGCUUAGAGCCAUCGGGCUGAUUUUCCAUGUUUGGAUUUUGAUGCAAUGACGAGUUUAAUCAACAAUUGUAUAGCAUAUUGGAGAAGGUGUAAGUUGAUUAAACUUUUUUUUUUUUUUUUUUUUUUUGCCGCGGUGUAUGAUAGAAUUUUUUAGGAGGAUAGGGGUUGUAUGUAAAUUUGUCUUGUGUAUAUAAGAAACUGUGACAGCUACUUCUGCGGUUGAUUAGUAAUGCCCUUGUUUUGUGUAGAACUUGUUUGUUUUGUGUAUGAUAGAAUUGUUCCGUUCCCUCGUGCUAUCCGCUGAUUCUUAUUAUUGAACAUUAAACUAAACUUGUAACAUGCAUAUUUAUAACUUGUUUUCUUCGACUUA